AUGUCGGGAGCAGUCAAAUUAGCAGAUCGGUUGGUUUUUCUGAUUUUUAUAAAGGGGGAGAUCAAUAAUAAAAUCAGGAAUAGAUACAGUAACCCUUGCAGGUUAAAAGAACUUUCGAAGUUAUAAUAACUCAAAGACUACAGUAAUCGUUGAAGUUCUAGAGAAAUUGUUCAGGGAUUAUUUUAAAGUUUUCCACGUGGUCCAAAAAUUUGAAACUUUUUAUUCGAGUUCCAGAAAUAUUUGUGAAAACUUUGUUUGUAGUUAUGUUAUCUGUGCUCUUUCAUCUAACAGACUAACUUGUUAGCUCUUUUUUAAUGAGAUAAAUAUAAAAGUACAAGCAUAUUCUAUUUUGAGAGUUGUUUUCGAGGGUUACUGUAGACGACUACGUGAAAAUAAAAUUUGACUGAAAACAAUAAAACUAAUUUAUUUUUAGAUAUUUGAUGACAAAAAGAUUGGGAGAUGGAACAUUUGGAGAAGUUAUGUUGGCAAAGAAAAUAGAUACUGGAGAUAGAGUUGCGAUUAAAAGAAUGAAAAAGAAAUUUUAUAGUUGGGAAGAAGCAAUGUCUUUGAGAGAAGUUAAAUCACUCAAAAAACUGAAUCAUCCAAAUAUCAUCAAAUUGAGAGAGGUACUGUAUCAAGUUGUAAAACUAUGUAUAGAAACUUUUUUUAAUUCUAGGUUAUUCGAGAAAAUGAUAUACUUUAUUUCAUUUUCGAAUUCAUGCAAGAAAAUUUGUAUGAAUUAAUGAAAGAUCGUGAUAGAUAUUUUCCUGAAAGUGUUAUUCGAAAUAUUAUUUAUCAAGUACUUCAAGGACUCGCAUUUAUGCAUAAAAAUGGGUUUUUUCAUCGAGAUAUGAAACCAGAAAAUAUAAUGUGUAAUGGAACGGAAUUGGUGAAAAUUGCGGAUUUUGGAUUGGCAAGAGAAAUUCGAUCAAAACCACCGUAUACUGAUUAUGUUUCAACAAGAUGGUAUCGAGCACCGGAAAUAUUGUUGAGAUCAACUUCUUAUAAUUCGCCAAUUGAUAUUUGGGCACUUGGUUGUAUUAUGGCUGAAUUAUAUAUGUUGAGACCUUUGUUUCCUGGAACAUCUGAAAUGGAUCAAUUAUUUAAAAUUAUUUCAAUUUUAGGAACUCCAAGCAAGGUGAAUAUGGGAUGUUUAUUAUAAAUUGCACUUGACUCGUCAUGUUUUGUAGCCAAAACCACUUUUUUUUAUCUAUUUUUCAGGAUGAAUGGCCUGAAGGAUAUCAGUUAGCAUCUGCUAUGAAUUUCCGAUUCCAACAAGUUGUUGCAACUCCAAUGGAACAGGUAUUCUAAUUUUUCCUCAAUUUCUAUAUUUCCUAAUAUUAAUCCUAUUUUUUAAAGGUUGUUAAUACAAUUAGUAAAGAAGGUAUGAAAUUGAUGAUGGAUAUGAUGAUUUGGAAUCCAGAGAAACGACCAAAUGCAAAUCAAUCACUUCGAUAUAAAUAUUUUCAAGUUUCCGAAAAACUUGGAGCCCCAGUUGUUAGUCAACCUGCGCCAGGAAGUCAUAGAAAAACAAGUGCGGGUUCAACAAAAAGUGAUACAAAAGCAUUUACAUCAAAAGGAACCAAAAAAGAAUAUAUUGGAUCAGAAAAUGUGUCACCUCAACAACCAGCAAAAGGAAUUGAGAGACAAAGAAAUUUGCCGUUGAAUAAAUCGAGUGUUUUUGAGAAAUCUGAUACAAAACCAUUAUCGAAUAAAGCAAAUGAAACAACAACUGCGAAACCGAGUGCAAAAGAUAUUUAUUUGUCAAAAAGUAAAUAUAUUCCAGGUAAUCCUUUUUUGUUGUUUUUUUUAGAAAAAAUGAGGGAUACUGUAAAUAUUUGAAUUGUUUUUUUUGCAGGCCAACUAACAUCAAAAGAAGCAUCAUCAACACAAAAUCAAAUAAUGACAACAAAUGGAUUAACUGGACAAACUAAAACAACAACUUUCAGUGCUAAAAAAGAAGGAAGAAGUGCGGUUCAAACAAGGUUCGAAUAUGCGUACGGUUCGUCUUUUCUUUCCCCACUUCUUCUAUCUCUACAAAUUUUCUUUUUUUUUUCUAUCAUUCAGUUUCAGUUUGAGCAUGUUUUUUGCAUUGUUUUUAUUAAAAAAGGCAAGUAUAUAUUGAUUUGUUUUAAAAAAUAUGGAAACUUAGGUCUGAUUGGCAAAAAUAAUGCAAUAAUAAAUAAAUACAACACUUUUAGAAAUGCUAAAAAUGACCACCCUGAAUACAAUUCACGUUUUUUUUAAUGGGACUAGAAUGCAAUGUCUUUUUUUAAAUUAGAAAUGGGAAAGCAAGAAUACAACAUUUUUUUGCCAAAUUUUUUGACAAAUUAGUCAAAUUUUCAACGAAUUUGUGUUUCUUUUUGUAUAAAAAAUGAAUAACGUUAAAAAAUUUUCAUAGAAAGCAAGUUGAAUAUCAUAAAAAUCGAGGGAAAUCAAGGCGAAAAACCUAUAAUCAUAUUUUUUGGUGUUUGGAAAAAAGUUUUUUAGGUUUUUCUUUUUGCUAUCUCUAUUCCCGAGGAUUUCCUAUCUUUUGCAGCAAAGAUUUUGAAAUUUGGUUGAGUAUGAAGGAUUUUAGCAUUUUUUGUGAAAAAACAAAAAAUGGUUUUGGGGUUGCACAAAAUCACAAACAUCCGUGCGUCGUGUUGUCUGGCGUUCUCUCUUAUUUGUUUCUAUCUCUCAUUUUCUCUCCUUCUCUCUUCUCGUCUCUUCUAGACGCAACACUCUCUCGUUUUCUUUUUCACUUCGGUUUUUUUUCGUGAAAUCAGGAAAUUUCACGAUUUUCACCAAGAACAUUAUAUAUGAGAAGAUAGAGAAAGGCAAGAAAAAGGCAGAAAAAUAGAAAAAGGAUUGUAAAAUUUAACAUUAGAAAUUAUUUUUUCGAAAGAACUGACACUAAAAAUUCGGAACGUUGGAUUGGAUAAUUUUUUGCAAAAGCGGGAAACAAAUGUUGUAGUAUUAUUGCAUUUUUGCAAAUGGGUAAAAUUGCAGUAAUGAGAUUGAAAAGGUUGAUACGUGGAUGUUUGGAACCCAAAUGUUAUGCUAUCUUAAUUUUUUUCCUGCUCAAGAAAAUAACUAGAAAUGAUACUUGCCUUUGCAAUUCAAAAUUUUUAUUUCGUUUGUCCAAUAGAUAUAUUUUUCUAGGGUAUGUUCCGAGCUUCGGAGCUCGAGCAGCUCCACCGGCGGGACCGACAACACAAGCGACAACAAUCAAUAACAAUAACAACAUCAACAAUAAUAAUGGACAAAAAUUAGUAAAUAAUGCUGCGGGUCGAAUUGAUUGGGCUUCAAAGUAAGAAACAUUUUUUUUUAAAUCCACAAAAUGUGUUUGUUUCAGAUAUGUCAAAUAA